AUGUCACAGCCAUUCCACACUCUGACGGCCGUACCUGUCCAGUACACCCUCCUCACGCGAGUCUUUGGGGCCGUCGACUCACCAAACCUCAAAACGAAGCUCGAAAAGUCCUUCAAGGAUCUUAUCGCACCCGUCGAACGGCUGUUCCUCAACGAGGCCGCCGUCACCGCUGCCGUAGAAAAGGCUGGAGUGGAGGUACGAGCCGCCUCGUUUGUCACUUUUUCUACUGAUGCCGCCCAUAUGAAACGAUGGGAGCACUCCGCGGAUAUUCGAGUGAUUGCGCCCGCCGGGCCUGGGAAUCGAGCCAUGGUCGAAGCAAACCUCCAGAGCUUGACCAGAGAUUUCGGCGCCUGCAUGGCAAUACCUCUCCUCUAUGGCAAAGAUUUCCUCAAUCGGUAUCAACAGCUGCUCGAAGACUUUUGGACAUUUGACAACGACUUGUUCCCGUUGUUGAUGAUAGGAAUUCCGCCAUGGGCUCCAUUCGAGAUGAUCAAGCGGGGACGGGCAGCCCAAGCCCGAAUUCUGCGCGAAAUGGAGGCCUUGUACCGGCGAAUUGACCAGUAUCAACGAGGAGAACGCGUCGACUUUGGCGCCGACAUGUCCGACGUCAGCAGCACGGCUUUUGAGCGAAAUAGGGUAUAUGUGAGAGAGGGUUGGUCGUUUACAGAACGCGCAUGGGGAGACUUUGGCAUGUUAUGGGGGCAAAAUGCAAAUACACACCCUGUGCUUUUCUGGUUGCUGGUCUACGUCUAUUCGACGCCCGGCCUCUUGGAUCGAGUCCGAGCCGAGGUGGCGCCUUACGUCUGCUUAUCCCAGGCAGAUCCCCCCGAGAUCACGUCGAUGGACCUGUCCGCCUUGUCACGCAACUGCCAGCUCCUGAAGGCUAGUAUAUUCGAGACAUAUCGGCUGGUGAACGAGCCCACGUCGAUACGAUAUGUUACGAGGCCAAUGACUGUCAACGAUGGCGAAUUCAAGCACCAACUUCGAUCCGGCAUGUUUGUAUCUGCACCGCUUUCGCUGAUCAACCGAGACCCGUUGGUAUUUUCAGACCCAGAACGCUUUAUCCCCGAGCGCUUUCUCGAGGUGGACUCGGAGACUGGUAAAUCUGUAGCGCGGUAUGGCAGACUGCGGCCGUGGGGCACUGGCCCGGCCAUGUGCAAAGGGCGUACGUUUGCAGAAAGGGAGAUCAUGUCUUUGGGUGCAGCUAUUAUUAGCAUUUGGGAUAUUGCUCCUGCAAGCGGGACGUGGGAGUUGCCUGCUAUGAUACCUGGGACUGGGGUGAAGAAGCCAGAAAAGGAUGUUCGCGUGGUGAUUUCGAGGAGAACUGUGUGA